AUGACAGAAUUCAGAUCCUCUAUUCCGUUACCGUUCAUUCCUGAUGACCUUACUGUACCCCAGUUCCUCCUCGAUGAUUACAACCAUCCGUUGAGUGAAAUGAGGAAAGGGGACGAUGCAGUCUGGCUCAUAGAUGAUGUUACCGGAAGGGAAUACACGUUCAAGGAGGCCAAGGAAGGCGAUGUUGUAUUGUUUUUCAGCCCCAAUCAUAUCGACUAUGUCGUUGCGACAUGGGCUAUCCACCGACUUGGAGCGACAAUCGCGGCUGCGAAUCCCCUUUACACUGUUGAGGAGCUAGAGAAUUUGUUAUCCCUAACAAAGGCAACUAGAAUACUUACCGACGAGCGUUUCCUCAAAGUCGUCACCCCUGCAGCGAAUACAUUUGGUAUCCCUGCAAGUUCAAUUCUAUUAUUCGAUGUCGGAACCGUUAAUCCUAGUUCGGCCUACACUAUGGUGUCGGAACUGGUAUCACAUGGAGAGAAAUCAUCUGCUCAUGUUCCGGAGAAGCGGUUGGCUCCAGGUGAAGGCAAGAAAAAGGUUGCUCUCCUUUUUUUCUCCUCCGGAACCACCGGGAAACCCAAGGCACGUACGGGUGCGGUGGCGCUUUCUCAUUAUGCUGUUAUUGCCAACAUCCUUCAGAUGACAGCUCAUCAGAGAGAAAAUGGAAAACCUCGGGGACCUGAGAAAUGGGCUCUUUUGGCUGGGGAUGUGAUUACGGGUAUUGCCCUUUUUUCACGUUUACGGUCUGAUCGCAAACGUGAGGACUGCAUGCUCUUUGAUGUAUUCUUCGUACAAUCUGACGAUGCUCCAAAGAUAUACUGGGCCUUGUUCCUGGGGAUGACUGUUGAUGUUGUGCCGAGAUUCAGCCUAUCUAGCUUUCUCACAAGCAUAACGAAGUAUCGCAUCGCCCAUCUUUAUCUUGUCCCACCCCAUGUGGUCCUAAUUUGCAAGGAUCCCUCGGUGGCUUCUCGCAACUUUGACCACGUUAAACUAAUCUUCACCGGAGCCGCGUCUCUCUCCGUCGGUCUCAUGCAUCAAGCCACAAAAGUCUUCCCAAACGCCGCUAUAUCCCAAGGCUAUGGUAUGACAGAGACCAUCAUUGCUGCAAUACAGCCGGUCGACCAGCGAAUUAGUACAGGAGGAUGCGGCCCAAUGCUCCCGGGUUUUGUCGCUAAGGUCGUCAAGGCUGACGGAACACUCGCUGUUGCGGGAGAAACAGGAGAACUAGUCAUGACCGGACCGUCUGUGGGUUUGGGAUAUGUUGGAGACGAGGAAGCCACAAAAGCUACCUUCAUUAACGGGUGGGUUCGUUCCGGAGACGAAGUUAGAUUUAGCGAGUCUGGAGAAUUGUUCGUAGUGGAUAGGCUUAAAGAACUUAUCAAAGUCCGCGGCUUUCAAGUUGCCCCCGCCGAAAUAGAAGAUCACCUCAUGAGCCAUCCUCAUGUGGCUGACGUCUGUGUAGUGCCCAUCGCAGACGAAUACUCUGGUGAACUUCCUUUGGCAUUUGUUGUUCCCAGCACGCAAGCACGCCAAAUGAUCGCCGAUGGUGGCGAUCCGGAAACCAUUAAAGAACAGAUCAAGCAGCAUGUUGCCGAGCACAAAGUGAAAGAAAAGUGGCUUACCGGUGGCGUUCGCUUUGUAGAUUCUGUUCCAAAGAGUCCGAGUGGAAAGCUACUUCGACGGGUCCUUCGAGAUGGAUUAAAGGUUGCGGCUUAG